UUUGUUAACAGCCAUUUAAAUAUCUUAACAUUAAAUUGUGAAGAAAUUGAAAUUGAUAAGCUAAUGUAGCAUAGCUGGCAUUUGACCCUAUUAUGAGUCUUAUCAUUGUUUAUAUUUUUGCACAAACUAGGCAGAUUUAGGAAACUAUUAAUUUCUGCUAUUAGUAGAUUAAACACAUUCAACGCUAGUGGAACGACAAUUUCCUGCGAAAAUGUCUCUGCUUGUCAUAUUCUUGGGCAUCUUUUUAGGUGGUCUUUCAACUUCUCAUUCAGAAUUCAAUGUAAAUAACGAGCUCGAUGCUGUGGAAAAUAAUUGCGCUGCAUAUUGUCUAAAUCUUUUUUUGAAAAGCAAUGAAUUUGCAAAUAACAAAUUGAAAUCUUGUGAAAUGCAUAGUAAGCAAAUGUCUGUACUCCAAAGUGAACUAGUAGUUUUGAAAUUAAAAGAAGAAAUCUCUGAAAAGAAACUUAAAAAAGCUGAUGAGAGAUGUACAAAGACUCAAGAACAGCUCGACACCGAUCUACACUCAAUAAAAAACCUUCUUUAUCACCUCACGAAUCAAUCGAGAGACGAGGCCAAGAGACUCAAGGAACAGCAAAAACAAAUCGGAGAUUAUAGGGAUUUAAUUGAAGAAAAGAACGAUAUAAUUCGAGCCUUACAAUCUAAAUUGGAAAUCUAUGAAUACUCAGCAAAGAUACUGAAUUUUAAUGUUUCAUUAAUUCCACCAGCGCUGAUUAUAAAGCAUGAGAUACCUGAACAGCAAAUUAAAAUUUAUGAAACUAGUUGCUUGAGUAUGGGAAACUCUUCAGAUAUUUUGGAAAUCCAAGUACCAGGAAUGCAACCAUUUUCUGUGGCAUGCGAUGGAGAUAUUGCUGGACCUGGAUGGACUGUAAUUCAACGAAGAGUUGACAAUAGUGUGUACUUUAAUCGUAGCUGGAAUGAAUACCGAAAUGGCUUUGGAGAUCUGGAGAAAAGCUUCUUCAUGGGAUUGGAAAAGAUUCAUCAUAUCACAAAAUCACAGAACUAUGAACUAUAUAUACAUCUGGAGAGUUUUAACGGUACUGUUCGCUAUGCACGUUAUAAUAAGUUUGGUAUUGGAAACGAAACGGAUGCCUAUGAACUAAAAGUCUUGGGAGCGUAUUCUGGCGAUGCUGGCGAUGCGUUAGUUCAAAAUAUAAAUAUGAAGUUUACAACUUUCGAUCGGGAUAAUGAUAAAUUUUAUAGCAAUUGCGCCAGUGAGCGCGAUGGUGGCUGGUGGUAUAAUCAAUGUGCUCGAUCAAAUCUAAAUGGACGUUACUAUGAAAGCGAAAUGGAUGUAUGGGCAGGCAUUUGGUGGUGGAAUUGGCAAGAAACGCGCACUCUGAAAGCAGUGCAUAUGCUAAUAAGGCCAACGAAUACGACUAUAGUGAAAAACUAGCUGUUAUUUAAAUGGGAAAUUUUGUAAGUAAAUGAAAAUAGUUGUCAAC